CUAGGCAUGCAGACUGCUUCUACAAACAUUUGUGAAACAAUCGGUCGCUCUCAGGAGCUCAGUGAAUUCAAGCGUGGUACCGUGAUAGGUUGUCACCUGUGCAAUAAGUUUAUCCAUGAAAUUUCCUUGCUACUAAAUAUUCCACAGUCAACUGUUAGUGGUAUGAUAACAAAGUGAAAGUGACUGGAAACAGCAACUCAGCCAUGAAGUGCAUGGACUCUAGAGCAGUGGAGACGUGUUCUCUGGAGUGACGAAUCACGCUUCUCUGACAAUCCGAUGGACGUGUCUGUGUUUGGCGGUUGCCAGGAGAGCAGUACUUGCCUGACUGCAUUGUGCCAAGUGUAA